AUGGAUGGUGAUUACCUGUGGGCCACCAUACGGAUAGAAAAAGGUGUCAAAAAGCCACAGCCACAGAUGCUAAAGACUCCUGCUGCUAAUGGUAUCAUUGAAAGAGAUGAAACGCCUAUGGAGAAAGAAAUUGCACGUCUGCAUCGAGUGAACUUUGAAUUCUCUGACAUAUUCUACUUCUGCAGAAAAGGGUUCGAGGCUAUUGUGGAAGAUGAAGUCACCCAGAGGUUUUCCUCUGAAGAGCUGGUGUCCUGGAAUCUCCUCACAAGGACUAAUGUCAACUUCCACUACAUCAGCCUGAGGCUGAGCAUCGUGUGGGGCAUCGGGGUUAUAGUGCGGUACUGCUUCCUCCUGCCUCUGCGCUUUACUCUUGCUGCCAUUGGGAUUACCUCAAUGAUUGUGGGGACAACAAUGGUAGGACAGCUGCCAAACAGCAGUGUGAAAAACUAUCUGAGUGAAGUGGUCCACCUCACAUGCUCCCGCAUCCUUGUCAGAGCUCUGUCUGGUACUAUCCACUACCAUAACAAGGAAAACAAACCUCAGAAAGGAGGAAUCUGUGUUGCCAACCACACAUCACCAAUAGAUGCAAUCAUUUUGACCAACGAUGGAUGCUAUGCAAUGGUUGGCCAGGUUCACGGUGGACUAAUGGGAGUUAUUCAGAGAGCUGCAGUCAAGGCCUGUCCUCACGUCUGGUUUGAACGCUCGGAAAUGAAAGAUCGCCUUCUAGUGACCAAAAGACUCAGGGAACAUGUGGCGGAUAAAAGCAAGCUCCCGAUCUUAAUUUUUCCAGAAGGCACCUGCAUCAACAAUACAUCUGUGAUGAUGUUCAAGAAGGGGAGCUUUGAAAUAGGAGGGACAAUCUAUCCUGUUGCGAUCAAAUAUGAUCCUCAGUUUGGAGAUGCCUUCUGGAACAGCAGCAAAUACAACAUUGUGAGCUAUCUGCUGCGAAUAAUGACCAGCUGGGCCAUUGUCUGCAACGUCUGGUAUAUGCCACCAAUGGUUAGAAAGGAAGGCGAAGAUGCAGUUCAGUUUGCCAACAGAGUGAGGUCAGCCAUUGCUCGCCAAGGAGGACUGACUGAACUUCCCUGGGAUGGAGGUCUGAAACGAGCAAAAGUCAAAGAUACUUUCAAAGAAGAACAGCAGAAAAACUACAGCAAGAUGCUAGUAAGAAAUGGAUCAAUAGGAAGUCUGUCUACAGGAACAGAGUCAGACUAAGGGGUGGUUCUUGAAAAAUAAUUUUGCACAACCAGCCUUAGCAGGAAUAAUGUUUUGUAAUUUAAAAAAACCCCAAACACAAAAACUGGAGCAGCAAAACCCCUCCUCGUGUGUAUGUGUAUUCUGUGUGUGGCUGGUGCAGAGCCUGCCAAGGGCAGGGUCUCUGUAUCACCUUUCCUCUUCGCUCUUCUUGCUCCAUGCCCCCUCCCCACCUGUGUGUGGUGGUGCACGGCAGCUCCUGGUAUUCUCUAGCUGAGUGUGUGGAGGGACAGAAGGCCAAAAGCACCAGAAGCUUGUCAGGAUGGAGUACACUGAACAGAUGCUGUCAGGACACUGCUUGUCAAGAUACCUCUCAUUUAUGGUACUCAGAAGCUUUAAACAUAACAAAAUUUUGUCUUUUUUUCCUGUUGCUCAGAGACUUUAAGUUGUAGAUGAUUUAACAUGUUUUAGGGUGUUGUCAGAGCUGUAAGGUUGUCUCUCUAGGUUAACUUGCACCUGGAUGUGCGAGGGGGCAAUGGAAGCAAGGGCCACAGAGCCUUGAGGAUGGGCAAGGAGCUGCCCUGCCAAAAGCACAGUUCAUGGACCAUGAGGAAUGUGGUGGCCUUAUAACAUGGUAUUGCCUUUAUUGAGAACUGGUGCCUGAGGGAAGAUGAGGGGCAAGUCCUCAAUCUCCCUGUCCACUGCUACUCUCAAGAUGACUUGCCUGAGAUCUGGAGCUGUAAAGGUAAGAUACAGUGAGCAGCUGAAUAAUGUAGCUGUGAUAGGUGGAUUUUUAUGAAGUGGAAGACCACCCUUCUGCAAAAAUCACUGCUAAUGGCUUAAAGAUCUCAAGAGAGCCACUCCAGAAACACACUUUGUGUUGGUCUGGGCUAGCAAUAGCCAUAAACCUAGGAUCCCUCAGUCACCUGUGAUACAAGAUGUGGCAUGUUCAAAUCUGCAAUAUAUUGCUGUCUGAAUAUAAAGAAAAAUAAAUUCUAUAUUUCUAAUGGGU